ACCAGUUUCCUGUGAAGGUGUUGAAGGUAGUUGUUUAAUGCCUUUAAAUCCAGUCCACUUCUUUGCGUCUAUUUUGGGGGGAUUAGGUCAACAGACGCACGGUACCGACCCGGAGCAGCGAGGUCCACUUCGAGGGACUUUUGUCCCUCUCGACUCGCCUUAGUUAUCCACCGGCGGAAAAAAGUUUCUGCGUGAUGAGCGACCUGUUGAGGGGAAAAUGAUCACUUCUGAGUGGUAACACAAGCAGAUGUUUGUGGGCAAGACAUGAAGCAUCAGUCUGGAACCAUUGCUGCUACAUCCGACAGGGAUAUUCCUCUUAUACGGCUCCAAACUGAUGAAACACUCAGGGAAAUUUACGAAUUUGGGAAGACACUGGGUCAAGGAAGUUUUGGAACUGUUUAUGAAGCGACUCACGUCAAGACACAAACAAAAUGGGCCGUUAAGGAGGUUCGCAAACCAGCGGCAGGAAGUUCCAAGUUUAGGAUGUUGGAUAACGAAAUAAACAUCCUCAAAAAAGUAAACCAUCCCCACAUAAUAUACCUCGAGGCAACCUACAACACACCUACGAAGAUUUGUCUGGUCACUGAGCUCUGUCAAGGAGGCAGCCUGGAGCAGCUGCUGCGGCAAAAGAGGUUCUUUACAGAGGACGAGACAAGAGAAAUCAUCUGUUGUUUAGCUGAUGCAGUUGUCUACCUUCACAAAAGAGAUAUAGUGCACCGGGACCUGAAGCUUGAAAACAUUCUUGUGAAGAACUCUCUUGACGAUGGCAGGUUUAACAUUAAGGUGGCAGACUUCGGACUGUCAGUGAAGGCAGACGGCGUUGGGAUUAAGAACGUAUUGACGGAGGCCUGUGGGACUCUCCGCUAUAUGGCACCUGAAAUGAUGAGCGGCCGCGGUUAUAGCCAUUGGUGUGACGUUUGGAGCAUUGGAGUCAUUAUGUUUAUGCUGCUUUGCGGAGAGCCUCCAUUUCAGGCCAAAACAAAGGAGAAACUACUUGAACAAAUCAUGUCCACGGAAGUCAGAUUUACUCAACCCAUUUGGGCCGCAGUGAGUGAUGGAGGGAAAUAUCUUCUGACUUGUCUUCUGAAGGCCGACCCCGCUUACCGCAUGUCUGCUCAUCAGCUGCUGGAGCAUCCCUGGAUUACAGGCGACACGACUGUGCCUCUGGGCCCGAGCAACGUGCUGGAGAUGAUGCAUCACUAUAUGCUGAAUAACCAAGAGACAGAGACUGGGAACGGCGCUCCGUCCAGCUCCUCAGAGGACACGUUGAAGCCACGUCUGGCCGCUAUUGGCCUCUCUUCAGAGAGAGGCAGCACCUGUGGGGAAGAUGCUGAGCUCUGCCCUGAGAACGGCUCCUGCAGACCCUCCACAUCCACCAAACUGUCUUUUAGUGGCGAAAAAUAUCCCAGGCAGCUGAGUGCAACGCCACACAAAUCUGAAGACAGGAAGGAUUUCAGCGCGGGGCAGAACCCGGCCUGUGACUCAGCGAAGGCAGAGGAGAAGGGACGUUCGUCCAGCAGUAAAGCAGAAACGCCUCUGCAACCCAGCAGAGCACCAAAGAAAAGCAAAAGGAAUAAACAAACAAAGGGGAAAAAAUGAGCCAAAUCACACAAGAAGACACUAGAGGGAAUAAUUGUAUUUUGGUAUGUUUACUAUUUAUGUAAGUUGUGUUUUUACUUUUUUUUUUUUGAGCAGAUUUGAAUGUAACCGCUAUCAGUGGUGCAACCUUUACUGUGCUGGCCGGAGAUAAAGCAUUGGCUCCAGUGUCAAAAGGAGCGGGCCUCACAUGCAAUGUGAAAAUAGUUCAAUAUGUCCAAACCCUUUGCACUUGGGGGUUUAGCCUGAGCAGCGCUGCCUUGUGCCAAAUGUGAAGGCCCUACUCUGAGCUGUUUUUCCCACUAAACAAAAGCAAACUUCUACACAGCUACGGGUUUAAGAUCCCCCAGCAGCUAAAAUUCACGUUUUUUUACUUUUUAUAAAGAGAGGUUAACGUGGGAGAAUGAAUACUUUUUUUUUAUAUAUCAGUGUCUACCGAUGCCUUUAGCUUCCAAAAACAAGACAGAUUCAGUGAAAAAAGUCACCUGGGAACUUAUUGCUGGUUACAAUUAUUAUUAUUAACGUCGUCUUUUAGGUUUUUUUCUUUUGUUAAUGUUUUCCAUUUUGCAUUUUAUUCUUAUCUUGUUCCACCACUACACGCACAGAGAGCAAAUAAAAAGAUUGAAAUGUGCCAAA